UCUUCCUGUCUCGUUAACGAAGCGAAGCAUCGAACCAAAAGCAAAAAAAAAAAAGAAAAAAAAUGUAAAAUCGUCAUCAGUUCAUUUCAUACUCUCGAAUGAUGGCAUCAUCAACAACUACGAUGGCGGCGACAUGGACGCCAAGCUCUCUCCAGCUCAGGAUUGCCCUCAACAACUACACGAGGAGCUUCGGAGCUGCUCCGGCGAGAGCGAAGAUGACGAAGCUCAGUCGCGGCGGUCUCAGGGUGUCAUGCGCUGCACGGAAGAAGAAUGCUGCAGAAUCGGAUCGUAGUUUUCGCGGGUGGGCUGAUGAUGAUUCGGGAGACGGUGAGAUGACUCGCGGUGGUGGCGAUUGGUAUAAUAAAGGAAGAGUGGUGUGUGGAGUGGGUGGGAUGGUUCUGUUCGUUGGGCUAGCUUUCGCGGCUCUAUCCUUGAAGCGAAACGUUUUAAGACCAAAAGUAGAAGUGAUGGUUUCUGAGAGCUCAAGUGAUCACGAGAGAGGUAAUGUGAUGGACCGAGAUGACAAGGAGGGUUAUAAUAAAGGUUCACCAGUUUCAUCUCGGGAUGAGAUAGAUGUGGAGUCAAAACCCGUGUCUACAAGCAAAGCUAAGAGAUACACAUCACAGGAAGAGUUUGAUGGAUUAGAUACAGACGAGGAAAAGAAACAACCCCGCUGUUAUACAGGAAUACCUGCUCCUUGUACGGUUCCACUAGUAAACCCCUUGAGUCCUAUCUUUCCAACAGUUGUGGACCCUGUUCAAACUCAAAUGUUUGCAGCUUUACAAGCUUUAAAGGUUAUUGAAUCUGAUGCUCGGCCUUAUGAUUUAUGUACACGCCGUGAAUUUGCUCGUUGGUUGGUUUCUGCAAGCAAUGUUCUAUCCAGGAACUCAGCAUCGAAAGUGUAUCGUGCUAUGUACAUAGAGAAUGUUACUGAACUUGCAUUUGAUGAUAUCACACCUGAAGAUCCUGAUUUUCCAUUCAUUCAAGGUUUGGCAGAGGCAGGUAUUAUCUCAAGCAAACUCUCUAACCACAACACGCCUUCUGCUGUGACUGAGAGCAGUCCCUUUAAGUUCUCACCAGAAAGUCCUCUUUCACGUCAGGAUCUUUUGAGCUGGAAGAUGGCUUUGGAAUUUCGACAGCUCCCAGAAGCUGAUAGCAAGAAGUUGUACCAACUUUCUGGCUUUCUUGACAUUGAUAAAAUAAACCCAGAAGCAUGGCCUGCCCUUAUAGCCGACUUAUCUGCUGGAGAAAAUGGAAUAACAGCACUUGCCUUCGGGCGUACCAGAUUGUUUCAGCCGUGUAAAGCAGUUACAAAAGCCCAAACAGCUGUGUCUCUUGCAACUGGUGAAGAAGCUUGCGAAGCUGUUAGCGAGGAGCUAGCUCGUAUCCAAGCAGAGGCUAUGGCUGAAAACGUGGUCUCCGCACACAACGCGGUGGUUGCUCAGGUGGAGAAGGAUAUCAACGCUAGCUUUGAGAAAGAGCUUUUAAGAGAAAAAGAAAUGGUAGACGCGGUGGCGAAACUGGCUGAAGAAGCGAAGACGGAGCUGGCUAGGCUUAGAGCUGAGAACGAAGAGGAGACACUUGCGUUGGAGAGAGAACGCACGUCGAUCGAAACAGAGAUGGAGUCUCUCGCGAGGUUACGAAACGAGCUCGAGGAACAGCUCCAGAGCCUUGUGGAUAACAAGACAGCGAUGUCGUUUGAGAAGGAGAGGUUUGAAAGACUUCAAAAGCAAGUGGAGGAUGAGAACCAAGAGAUACUGCGGUUGCAGAACGAGCUUGAAGCUGAGAGGAACGCUCUAUCCGUAGCCAGGAACUGGGCAGAGGAUGAAGCGAGAAGAGCAACAGAGCAAGCAAAAGUGCUGGAAGAAGCUAGAGGACGUUGGGAGAAGUAUGGCUUGAAAGUGAUUGUUGACAGAGACCUCCACGAACAGACAAGAACAACCGAGUCUGCGUGGUUGAACGCGGGGAAGCAAUUUUCCGUCGAAGGGACCGUGGACAGAGGUGAAAACGUGGUUGCUAAGCUCAAGAAGAUGGCGCAAGAUGUAAGAGACAAAUCUAGAGAUGUUAUCUACUCGAUCAUAGAGAAGAUAAGUCUUUUGAUAUCAGAUUUGAGAAAACAAGUUCAUGGGAUGAGCAACAAAGCCGAAGAAGUGAAAAUGAAAACCAAGUCAAGAGCUGAAGAGUUGAGGAAACAAACGAGCUUGAAGAUUGGUGAGAUCAGAGAUGUCUCUGUGAUGAGAGCUAAGGAGGCAGUGGAAGAGUUUAAGGAUAAAGUAUGGAAACUCAAGUCAAAGUAGGUUGAGUUUGUUUAACGGCGUGAUCGUACCGCCGUGCCAUUUGAUAAAGUAUAUUUGUUUCAUCAUGUAUUUGAUGAGAUACAGAUAUUCAAAAUAUAUGAAAACAAUAAUGUUACUUUUAGAUUUGAUUAGAAGAUCUCAUUUUGGACUCA